AUGUACAGCAACGUCGUACGGAGAUACGCUUCUUACCCGUCAGACAUCCGUGCUGUGAUCUACACCCGGACGCCCUCGUCAAGCCCCCUUGGGGGGCGAUCAGAGGCUAACAGCCGAUCCGGGAGCCCACAGCUAGACAUCGUCCAGCCGAGAGGCCUCAAGCGCUCCUUCAGUCACCUGAAUCCAGAAGCGUCUCGUCCGUCAUCAGCAGGAGCAGCAGCAGAAGUUGGUCCUCUCCUCAGCCGUCAGCGCGACUGGAGUUCCCACGCGGUGUCGACCGUUGCCAGCAACCUGAACGUCACCAACUCUCCAAAGGUGGAACCGGCUUUGGCCACCUCCCCCGGCCCCGACUCCAAUGAGCCUACCGUCUACUCCCAGGGGAAACUUGGACCAAAGCCUGUGCCACCGCCACAGCACCAUCACGCUGCCGGCAGCAGCGCGACGAACCCGGCAGCGCUUCUCUCAGGACGACAGCAGCCCAGAUCGUCAACGCCGUCGAAUGCUCCUUCCUCGCGCCCGAUAGCUCCGGCGUCCAGGCAGAGCGCAAGACGCAGCAUGCCGCCCUCGAGUCUGGACCAGCCGGCCAAGAAGCAGAGUAAAUGGUCGCAGGACGAGGAUGCUCUGAUCAUUGAGCUUCGGGGGAGUGGGAUGAAAUGGGAGGACAUCUCCAAGAGGCUUCCGGGACGGAGCGCUAUAAGCUGUCGACUCCACUACCAGAACUACCUCGAGAGGCGGAGUGAGUGGAGCGAGGACCGCAAAGACAAGCUGGCACAGCUCUACGAGAGGUUCAAAGCCGACAUGUGGGCCAAGGUGGCCGAGGAGUUGGCGGUUCCGUGGCGAGCCGCCGAAGCCAUGCACUGGCAGCUUGGCGAGCAGGACAUGGCGAGGAGGGCAGGCGUGAUACCGUUUUCCCUCGCAGCCGUAAAUGCCGAAGCGAAUGCAGCUGGACGCCGAAACUCGCCAUCUCACAGCCAACUGGCAGCGGCACAGCAGCAGCAGCAGCAGCAGCAGCAGCAGCAGCAGCCACCGCCGCAACCAAAGACCCAGCAACACGCCCGCCACCACGAAGCCGCCAUGAACCGUGAAGCUCGCGACAGAAAGGGAGCGAUGCCGGCGGGAGACCUAUACGGGCGAGUCAGCCAUCCCAGCCCCGUGGAGAGGUCCCGUCCCUGGGCGAUUAGCGAGCCAGAGAGGGUGCAGACACUCAGGGUCCGGGCGCCGGCGCUCGAGCCCAGCCCCAUCUCGUACCUGUCGGCACCGACACUCGCACCGAUACAGCCCUCUCACUACGCCCCGCCACCUACAGGGAGAAACCACCUGCCUAGUAUUGCGGAGCUGACGACGGGCGUGGCGCCGUACGGACCUCCCCCUCCAUCACACGCUGGACUGCCACCGACACCGACGUCGACGCACACGGGUCCCCCUUCGUCGGGACUGGAGCACGCGGGUGCAUACCAUCACGCGGCGGCGGCGGCGGGGGCGGCGGGUUACCCUCCUCCUGGUAGUGGCAUGGUUCAUCCGACGGAAGGCCCGCCGCGACUGAAGAGGCCUUCGACGCACGAGGACAUGUAUGGUGAGGGCAUCAGCACCAAGAGACGACUGGGUUGA